AUGGUAGCUUUAUUGACAAUACAAAUCCUAUCAAUUAUAGCCACAUCAUUAACUAAUUUUAUUGGUAUAUUAACAUUUGCAACUGAUUAUUGGUCAAUAAUUGUUUAUGAUUUAGUUAAAUUACGUUCUUAUGCAAAAUGGAUUAUUAUUGAAGAAACAAUUAAUGGUAAUAUUCAUAUAAUUAAUAAUACUAAUGAUACACAAAUAUUAUCAAAUAUAAAUUAUAAAUUAUCAACAACUGUUAUAGAUAAUAUACGAUCUCGUUUAAAUAUACCAAAAUGUCAAGCAAUAAAAAUAACUCAUAAUCAAUAUGAUGAUAAUCAUACUCAUGGAAUGAUUAAUCCUGAAUCAGAAUCUAUGCGUCUACAUAAUGUAGCAGCAGCUUGUGCUAUAUUAAUCGUUCUUCUUAUUUGUACUGGUACAUUUAUUGGAAUAUCUAUAGGUAUUCUCAAUAAUGUUGUUUUAGCUACAAUGACUGUUGGUGUAAUAUAUCUUAUUUCAACAAUGUUUAGUACUUUUGUUGUAGCUAUAAUGUAUACAAUAUUAAAUAGUGAACGUAAACAAUCACAUUGUUCAACAUUAGAAAUUUUAACUGAUGAAUUAUGUUCAUCUCAAUCAAUUCAUUUAUCAUAUUCAUUUAUAUUAGGUUCUUUAUUUGUAACUCUUAGUUUUAUCACAUCUGUAUUAUGGUUAUUUUUACAAGAAAAACAAAGAAAAUUCGUACGACAUUAA